CUGUAUAAUUGUGAGCUAUUAUUAUUAAAUCUCUUUUAUUCUUUAUGAAAAAUCUAUACCUAAGCAAACCAGAGUUUCUCCUUCUUAAUGAUAAACCGUAGCGAGGUAAAGCCAUCUUCUGCCAAGUUAAUGAGUAAUCUCAACUCAGCUUUCACUUCAUGGAGACCUGACAAAGCCACAAUGAAUGGAGGGGGAGAAAGGAAAUCCAGGAAAGCCAAUUCCCUUUGCAGGGAUGGCCCAAAGCCAAAUGUCAGGGCCAAGGCCUGGAAGAGCUGGAUUUGGAGCUCCUCCUUCCUUCCUGCUUUUCUCUCUCUAGUCCCCCCUCCUCCUGCAACUAAGACAAAGUCCUGGCCCUUCCAGUGACUGCGCCUGGAAACUAGCUGGAGUUUAAAACAGCUGAAAAUGAUUGCCACAAAUCAGAAGUUAGGAAGAGCUUUUGCCGUCUUUACCCACCUUUGCAGGAGACUGGCACACACUGCGGCUGGGGGCCACCUGAAGCCGGAAUACGAUGCUGUGAUAAUAGGAGCAGGACACAAUGGACUGAUUGCAGCAGCCUACCUGCAGAAGUUGGGAGUAAACACUGCUGUCCUAGAGAGACGUCACUUGAUUGGAGGUGCAGCUGUCACUGAAGAGCUCAUCCCAGGCUUCAAAUUUUCCCGAGCUUCCUACCUCCUCAGCCUUCUACGGCCCCAGAUUUAUAAAGACUUGGAACUGAAGAAACAUGGACUGAAGGUGUAUCUUCGAAACCCCUAUUCCUUCACCCCUAUGUUGGAAGAAGGAAUCCAAGGCAAACUCCCACGGUCACUGUUACUAGGGACAGACAUGGCUGAAACCCAGCAGCAGAUUGCCCAGUUUUCUCCAAAGGAUGCUCAGGCUUUUCCCAAAUAUGAAAUGUUCAUGAAUCGUUUGGCAGCAGCAAUUGAUCCCUUGCUGGAUUCCUCUCCAGUGGACACAACUGCCUUUCAAGAUAGGUCCCUGUAUCAAAGACUGAAAGCCCUCUUCACACUUAAGCCCCUUUUACAAGCAGGUCUAAUUUUAGGAACACAGCUUCCCCAGUAUUACCAAGUUAUCACUGGCCCAAUUACCAAGGUGUUGGAUGAAUGGUUUGAGUCUGAGCCUUUGAAAGCAACUCUUGCCACAGAUGCUGUAAUUGGAGCCAUGACAAGUCCCUAUACUCCUGGAAGUGGGUAUGUGCUGCUACACCAUGUAAUGGGUGGCCUAGAGGGGAAGAAAGGAGCCUGGGGCUAUGUCGAAGGUGGUAUGGGUGCUCUCUCUCAUGCUAUUGCAAAGGCAGCAGAAGCACAUGGAGCAAAUAUCUUCACAGAAAAGCCUGUGGAUAAGGUACAAGUGAACAGCAGCAGACAAGUCCAGGGAGUUGUCCUAAAGGAUGGAACCGAAGUGAGGAGCAAACUGGUGCUGUCCAACGCAUCUCCACAGAUCACCUUCCUGAAGCUGGCACCUCAGGAGCAGCUCCCUGAGGAGUUCAUCAAGAGAAUCUCUCAGUUGGACACCCAAUCACCAGUCACCAAGAUUAAUGUGGCUGUAGACAAACUGCCCAACUUCCUGGCUGCACCAAAUGUCAUCAGUGGUCAACCCCUGCCUCAUCACCAGUGUUCUAUUCACCUGAAUUGUGAAGACACUCAAGUCCUCCAUCAGGCGUUCGAGGAUGCCAUCAAGGGAAUCCCUUCUCGCAGGCCCAUGAUUGAACUUUGUAUUCCAUCAUCACUGGACCCCACAUUGGCUCCACCUGGCUGCCAUGUUAUCUCACUCUUCACUCAGUAUACUCCCUACACCAUGACAGGUGGAAAGGUCUGGGAUGAGCAAGAGAGAAAUAUGUAUGCUGACAGAGUGUUUGACUGCAUUGAGGCCUAUGCCCCAGGCUUCAAGAAAUCAGUGAUCGGCAGAGACAUCCUGACACCACCUGAUCUCGAGAGGGUCUUUGGGCUUCCUGGAGGGAACAUAUUCCAUGGAGCCAUGUCCCUGGAUCAGCUCUACUUUGCCAGACCGCUGCCACCAUACUCCAACUACCGCUCUCCAAUCCGGGGUCUGUACCUCUGUGGCAGUGGCGCCCAUCCAGGAGGAGGUGUCAUGGGAGCAGCUGGACGCAAUGCAGCCCAAGUGGCCUUUGAAGAUUUCAAGAAUUUGUGAGCCACUGAAUUGACUUAAGAAAGAGCUACCAUGAAGACCCUGAGGGCUCUGUCUACCCAUAAGUUCAACUUUAUAAGACCCUCUCUUUUAAACCAGAAUAUAUCUGGAUAGCUGAGACCUUACAGCAAAGUGGUAUAAUCAAGAAUGCUAUCUUUGGAGUCAAAAGAAACCUAAGUUAGAAUCCCAUGAAUUGGGUUUAUAUGUCUUUUGACUAUGAGCAAGGUAUACAACAUUUCUGAGCCUUAAUGUCCUCAUCUGAUGAUAAUAAUUCCUUUAACACCUAACUCAUAAGAUUGUUGAGAGAAUCAAAUAUGGUUACAUGUAUAAAAGUACUAUCAAUGUCAACCAUUAUAAUGGUUACUAGUAUCUAAUGGGAUAUGUAUAGUAUGUGGUAAUUUUAUAACAACAGGACCCCCAGAUAUGAUUACAGGUACAGCAAUCACAUGUCUCAGAUAUCCUGGGAGAAUACCAAUUUAAAUGUUAAAUCAUGCUUGAAUGCUUGUUAUGAAUACAAAUUGAUUUAUUUUCUGAAUGAAUCUGAAAUCUUGAAAAGUUUUUAUUUAAAAAAUUUUACAUAAAUAUUCAU